UCUGACCCCCUAUCGCGCGCGUUUCAGACCCGUCGUUCCCCGACUGUCCCUCCCUCUUGCCCCGGCUCCACUGCCCUACGCCAUCAAUCACGUUUGAGCCAUCAAAUCGUCUCUUUUUGUUCCUUUGACGGGGAUGAUGAGCGAGAUCCACUUUUCGCCUGUCCCUUUCGCCUUUUCGCUUCCUUUCGAUUUCUAUUUACUAUCACUUGGCCCUGUCGUCACGGCGACGGCUCUUCCCCCCGUGUAUCAUUCAUCUGUCUUAUCAUAUAUGGCCAGGCUCGUCAGCUCGGCAGUUCGGGAUACUCCAUGACUCCCCAUGACUCUGCAUCUGUCAACAUCCAUAGUUCGCUUCGAUAUCACGCAUGCUACAACUUUCAUCCUGAUCCUACGACAUGUCCCUGGCCGAACAAUUAUCUCUGAGGAAACGCGUUGAUGCAGCACUAGUGGGUCCUUUCGUGGGCACGUACAUCGACUUGUUAUUAGGAGGAGUAUGUCUUCAUCUGCUCAACAAGUAUUGCAAGACGGGAGGUCGACCCGUGAUCGAGCGACGGGUGGUCUAUGCGGCCUGUCUCAUCGCAGCCGUCAACUCGUUCGUACACAUCCACCAGAUCUUGGAUGUCGCGUUUAUGAACCUAGGCAACGCGGACAGGGUGGUCCGAUUCGGGUGGAACUUUCAAUGCACGUUCAUGCUCAAUGGUCUGGUCCUCGCUCUGGUCCAGUCGAUCUACGCUUAUCGAUGCAUCAAGGCGAGUUCGCAUUUCCCCUCCUUCCAUCCUUCCCCCUUCCCCCUUGCCCCUUCCCCCUGCCUCUGGUUCCUCCUCAAUUGCUUGUCGAUAUCCCCGGUCAAGGACUUGCAGCUCGCCGGAGAUCGAAUCUGUAUGAAGACCGGGAUGUCGACGUUGAUCAUCGUCGGGCUCAUGGCGAACAUAGGCCCGACGAUCGUCUCCUUUGCCGUACCUAAACCUCAAGACGAGACUGAUAUCAAGGAACAGCUUGAAACCUAUCGUUUACUUAACAAAUACAAACCCAUCAUCAUGAUGAUGUACGUGAUGAACAUGAUCGUCGACUUCGUCGUCUGCACCGUCACCAUGAUCACCCUUAGAAGAUCGAUCAAGAAAGUCACCACUAGGACCGCCAAGUUUCUCCGACAAUACGCUAUCCUUUGCGUGGAAGGUAUGGCCUUACCGUUCGUUGCUAGUAUCGCCGCCAUGAUCAUGCAUCAGGCUGGACCCGGUCAAUCGAGCUUGGACGUGAGCGCCAUCUGGCCGAUGCACAAGCUGGCUCUGGUCUCGCUAUUCUGUUUGUUGCUCAACCGAGACACGUUCCGAGAAAAGCUCUAUGCGACCCCUCACAUCAGCUUUGAACUGUGUGCGCCCGUCACCCCGAUCCAAGGAAGUAUUCGGGUCGAUAGCCAGGUCGAGACCGCCAUCUACAAGGACGACUAUCGACCCAAGAACAGCGCCAACAGGCCUCUAGGGUUUUGACUGGAGUGAGACCGUUGAUCGUUAAGGACGCUGACGGGCACGUCUUAUCUAGAGUUUCGUGUUGUAUUAAUGUUUAAUCGUUCUGCGAGCGACGUCGUUCAGGAAGCACUGUCAUUUCAUAUCGAUCUCACGA